AUGGGAUCUUGGAAUCCAUCCAUGACGGUGCCCAGCACCAUAGACCCUCUCCUCCACGAUGAAGAUCUGUACACCGACUUGUUGACCUUCACCUUUUGCGGGCCGACACCGUACAAUCAAUAUCAACCACUGUUUAUCGAUGCCGAAGAUCCCUCGCGUUCAUUCACAGCCGCCCAGUUCCGGCAAUUAGUCCGGACUCUGAUCGCAGGCUUCAAGGCGAAUAAUAUCCAGCAAGGGGAUUGCGUGCUGGUGCAUUUGGGGAACAGUAUCCUAUACCCUGCCCUCUUCUUUGGUAUUAUCGGCGCUGGCGGCGUGUACAUGGGCUCCAACCCGAAGAGCCACCCGCAGGAAUUGGAUCAUAUCGUUGGGCUCGCCGAGCCCAAAAUGAUCCUUACAACCCGAGAUGCAUUGCCGACGGUGUUGGAGGUUGCCACUGCCCGGGGUAUACAUCCGGGCCAGGUGUGCCUUGUAGAUGAGCGGGCAAUUGACUACUGCGCCCAGCUUUUCCUGUGGUACGAACUAGGGUUCCCGGCCGGAGCGGAGUUCCUCACUCUGGGAGAUACGCAGCUGAACCUGGCUCACCUGCUCUGCUAUGGUGAAAGUGACUGGCUCAUGUUCACCGACCCGGUGAUGGCACAAAAUACUCCCGCGGCCAUGUUCUCGACUAGUGGUACCGGCGGUCUGCCCAAGGCAGCUAUUCUGUCCCACCAUGCGAUCGUGUCGCACCACCGCACGAUCCAUUACGAUGUGCCGUACCCAACUAGCCGACUGAUGUCGCUGCCCAUGUUUCAUCUUUUCGGUGCUCUUUGGACCCACUUGUUCCCAGUGCGCUAUGGCCACCCAUUGUUUGUGCUGGAGCGCUUCGAAAUCACCCAAUUUUUGGCUACGAUCCACCAGUUCCAGAUCUCCGAGACCUACCUGGUGCCGGCUAUUAUUCACUCCAUUAACCGAUGUGCUCUGCCGGUUGCGGAGUAUCUGACGUCGUUGCGCUAUGUGGGUGUGGCUGGGGCUCCCAUCGAUGGCAUGUCCCUCACUCAAUUUCGGGAGCGGCUUUCGCCCAUGGCGUAUGCUUGCCAACUGUGGGGCAUGACCGAGGUGGGGGUCAUCUUCCAGACUCGAUAUGGCCAACGCGGGAACCCCGGCAGUAUCGGUACUUGUCUGAAGGGAUACGAGGUUCGCCUGGUUGACCACGAGGGCAAGGUCGUCCAAAAUGACGAGCGUGCAGGCGAGAUGUACGUGCGUGGUCCCGGUCUGCUCAUGGCAUACAAGGGCCGCAAUGACGCCAAGGAUGCACAAGGAUGGUUCCGAACCGGUGAUGUCGCUUAUGUGAAGAACGGCUUUUAUUUCAUUGUAGGACGGACCAAGGAACUCAUCAAAGUACGAGGAUGGCAGGUCGCACCCGCUGAAAUCGAGGCCGUGUUGCUCCAACACCCUGGAAUCAGCGAUGCUGCCGUUACUGGUAUGAACCUGAAGGACGGCACCGGCGAAGUGCCCCGCGCAUUCAUCGUGCGCUCCCGCGAUAACACAGUUCCCCGAGUUACGGCCGACGAAGUUUACAAAUACGCCCGCCAACGCCUCGCAAGUUACAAAGCCAUCGACGGCGGCAUCCUCUUCGUCGAAGAAAUCCCACGAACCGCCAGCGGCAAGAUCCAACGCUUCAAGCUAUCACAGAUGAACUCCUACCGAGAAAUGGUCGCGUCGCUUUUAUCCGGACUGGAAGGAAAGAGUCACCCGGGACGAUCCCUCCCGUCUAGUGCCGACGUCCCACUGGGAGUCGCGCCCGAGGGCCGAGUCACAGUAUGA